AUGCAUUUCGAACUGGCUCAUCACCCGGAUGCCGAAUUCACUGAUUACCUGCUUUCAGGUCUAAAAAACGGCUUUAAACCCGGCUUAGAAUGUCCGCUGUCCCAAAACAUCAUAUGUAAUAAUCUCCAAUCCGCCCUUAUAGAACCCGAAGUUGUAGACAAACUAAUCAAAGACGAAGUUGAGUCAGGCUUCAUGAUCGGUCCGUUCGAUAAUCCUCCAUUUAAUUUGUUUCGGAUCAGCCCCAUUGGGGUGGCUACAAGAAAAUUUUCAGGGAAAAAACGUCUAAUAAUCGACCUGUCAGCCCCGCAUAAUUCCCCGUUCCCAAGCAUAAAUAGCUUGAUCCCUCUCAGCGAAUUUUCGCUCAAAUACCACGAUAUAGAUCAGGCUAUAGACAUGAUUAAAAUCGCAGGUCGGGGUGCUUGGCUUGCGAAACUUGACGUUACAUCUGCUUUUAAAGUAAUGCCUAUCCAUCCAGGUUCAUGGCACCUAUUUGGAGUUCGCUGGCUCGAAAAAUAUUAUUUCGCAAUUCGCCUAACAUUCGGAUGCAAAAGCAGCCCAAAAAUAUUUGACAUGCUAUCAGAAGCCGUUUGCUGGAUCUUGUCAAACAACUACGCCAUUCCUUAUCUCAUUCACCUGCUAGAUGAUUUUUUUAUAAUCUCGCCUCCCAAUGCCAUCCCAGCUGCGCACCUCAUCACGGUACAACACGUUUUCUCUGAGCUAGGAAUUCCUAUCGCUCGGGAAAAAACCAUGGGCCCUGUAACAUCUAUCAAGUUUCUUGGAAUUAAUUUGGAUUCAGUCAAAUUCCAAGCAUCCCUCCCUAAAGAAAAAAUCGACCGAAUAAUCCUCGUCUCUUCUACUUUCCUCGAAGAACCUAACUUUUCCAAACGAGAACUCCUGUCCCUGCUCGGACAUCUAAACUUUGCAAUGCUCAUCAUCCCUCAAGGUCGCCCCUUCAUCUCGCACCUCCUCUUACUCGCGUCCUCUGUCCACUCGCUAGAAGACCGCAUUUCCAUAACUCAAGCAUGUCGCGACGAACUCAGGUUAUGGUUAACAUUUCUAAAACAGUGGAACGGCCUAUCUUUUUUCUACAAUAACCUCGUUUCAUCACCAACCGACAUCCAAUUGUUCACAGACGCCGUCCCCUCAAUAGGGUUCGGGGGAUUCUACCAAGGUCGUUGGUUCGCGGCUCCGUGGCCACCACAGCUCCAGGACAUAUCUCAAUCCUCCGCUCUAUUCGAGCUCUACCCUCUCGUAGUAGCAGCUUUCCUGUGGGGGAAAGAAUGGGCCGCUAGUAGUGUGUUAGUACAUUGCGACAAUGACGCAACAGUGCACUGCAUUAACAAAGGCCGUUCCCAUUCACCCGCGCUGAUGCCACUCUUAAGGCGUCUUAUCUGGAUUUCUGCUUACGAUCAAUUCAUUAUCAUUGCUAAACACAUCCCUGGGUCAAAAAACCAAAUCGCUGACUCUCUGUCUCGUUUUCUGUUUCAGAAAUUUAGGACGCUGGCUCCAGAGGCGGAUCAAUUCCCAACCCCGGUUCAUCGCUAUUCAGAACUAAUAUUCCCAUAA